AUGCGCAGUUAUGGUACUGCUGAGCGUAGAAUGUUGCCAGUAAUUUUGUCAUGGGCAGUAACCGCACACAAGUUACAGGGCUCCGCCGUCGAUCAUGCUGUUGUUUAUCUAGGACCAAGGCUCUUUGCAAAAGGACAAGCUUACGUUACUCUUAGCAGAGUGAAAUCCUUGCAAGGCCUCAGAAUUGAACAAUUAGACUGUUCAAAGCUGAUGAGAAGAACACAAUGUAAUAUUGACGCCCUCGAAGAAAUGGAAAGAAUGCAGGAACUGAGAUAA